CUUUCAUUUCUCAGAGACAAAACCAAACCAUCUUCACUCUAAAACCUCUCGCUCCUCGCUUCUCAUGGCGACCGUUCUCUCCACGUCAAUCGAUCUCUGCUUCAACCCCCAAUAUUCAGACACGAAGAAACACGGUCUCUUCUUAAAGCCUUCUUCUUUACGACAAUCUCGUACCAGGAAGCUCAACAUUUCCUGCAGCUCCUCGAAGCAACCCAAAACCCUAGAAGAAGAACCAAUCACCACAACCCCAUCUCUCUCCGAGCAGCUCAAGCCUCUCUCCGCGACGACCCUCAGACAAGAAGAGCAAACCCACAACGUCUUGUCUAAACCCAAAUCCGUCUGGGUCAAUCCAACAAGACCCAAAAGGUCAGUCCUUUCACUCCAGAGACAAAAACGCUCCGCUUACUCUUACAACCCUCAGAUAAAGGAUCUUAGGGCUUUUGCUCUGAAGCUCAACAGUUCUGGUUUCGCUGAAAAGUCCGAGUUUUUAGCUCUUCUCGAUGAGAUUCCUCACCCACCUAGUAGAGACAACGCAUUGCUAGUGCUGAACAGUUUAGGAGAAUGGCAAAAGGCUCAUAUGUUCUUUUAUUGGGUCAAAACCAAGAACUUGUUUCCCAUGGAGACGAUAUUUUAUAAUGUCGCUAUGAAGUCUCUGAGAUUUGGGAGGCAGUUUCAGCUUAUUGAGGAGAUGGCGCUUGAGAUGGUGAAGGAUGGUGUUGAGCUUGAUAACAUCACUUACUCCACCAUCAUCACUUGUGCUAAAAGGUGUAAUCUCUACGACAAAGCUAUUGAGUGGUUCGAGAGGAUGUACAAAACGGGGUUGAUGCCUGAUGAGGUAACUUACUCAGCGAUUCUUGAUGUUUACUCCAAGUCAGGGAAAGUUGAGGAGGUUCUUAGUUUGUACGAGAGAGCGGUGGCUACUGGUUGGAAGCCUGAUGCUAUAGCGUUCUCUGUGUUGGGGAAAAUGUUUGGUGAGGCAGGGGAUUAUGAUGGGAUAAGGUAUGUGUUGCAAGAGAUGAAGUCUAUGGAUGUGAAGCCUAAUGUGGUUGUGUACAAUACAUUGUUGGAGGCUAUGGGGAGAGCAGGGAAGCCUGGUUUGGCGAGGAGUUUGUUUAAUGAGAUGAUUGAGUCUGGUUUGACUCCUAAUGAGAAGACUUUGACAGCUCUUGUGAAGAUCUAUGGGAAGGCCAGGUGGGCCAAAGACGCGCUUCAGCUUUGGGAGGAAAUGAAGGCUAAGAAGUGGCCGAUGGAUUUCAUUUUGUACAACACGUUGUUGAAUAUGUGUGCUGAUAUUGGAUUGGAGGAAGAAGCAGAGAGGUUGUUUGAUGAUAUGAAGGAGUCUGGGGGAUGUAAACCUGAUAGUUUUAGUUACACGGCGAUGCUGAAUAUAUAUGGGAGCGGUGGGAAAGCUGAGAAGGCUAUGAAGUUGUUUGAAGAGAUGUUGGAAGCUGGGGUUCAGGUUAAUGUGAUGGGCUGCACUUGUUUGGUUCAGUGCUUAGGGAAGGCUAAAAGGAUCGAUGAUUUGGUUAGUGUGUUUGAGACAUCGAUUCAGAGAGGAGUUAAGCCUGAUGAUAGGCUUUGUGGGUGUCUUCUUUCGGUUAUGGCCUUGUGUGAGAGUAGUGAAGAUGCUGAGAAGGUUAUGGGUUGUUUGGAGCGAGCUAAUCAGAAGCUGGUUGCAUUUGUGAAGCUGAUUGUAGACGAGAAAAGUGAAUUUGAGACAGUAAAAGAAGAGUUCAAGUUAGUGAUCAACGGGACACAAGUGGAGGCAAGAAGGCCCUUCUGCAACUGCUUGAUAGACAUAUGCAGAGGCAAGAAGCAGCAAGAGAGAGCUCAUGAGCUUCUUUAUUUAGGAACACUUUUUGGUCUAUACCCGGGACUACACAACAAGACCAUAAAAGAAUGGAGCUUAGACGUGAGGUCAUUAUCAGUUGGUGCAGCUGAGACCGCUCUAGAAGAGUGGAUGAGAACACUUGCCAACAUUGUUAGACGCCAAGAGGAUCUUCCCGAGCUGUUCUUGGCGCAAACUGGGACAGGAACUCACAGAUUCUCACAGGGUUUAGCAAACUCUUUCGCCUCUCAUUUGGAACAAUUAGCUGCACCUUUCAAACCGAGUGAUAGGGCAGGUAUCUUUGUCGCUACAAAGGAGGAUUUGGUCUCAUGGUUGGAAUCUAAGUUUCCACCUUUAGUUGCUUCUCAAGCAUAAUACGUUAUCCAUCUGUUAUCCUAAACUAAAAAGCAACAUUAUUUUUUCCAGUGACGUUGUUUAUAUACUGUAAUAGCAUAUUGAAUCCUCUAAUAUUUUUGUAUCAUCACAAGGAAGAAGGAAUCAAAUUAGUUAUUUGCA